CAGGUUCCUGUUGCAGCAGGUGAAGUGCAGGGAGGGGUUCCGGCUCGUCAUGGAGCCGGAAUUCAUCAACGUCUGCUUCUGGUUCAUCCCCCCGAGCCUGCGGGGCCGGGAGGAAUCCCCGGAAUUCUGGGAAAAGCUGGGAAAGGUGGCCCCGGCCAUCAAGGAGCGCAUGAUGCGAAGGGGGUCCCUGCUGGUGGGGUACCAACCCCAGGGGUCCCGCGUCAACUUCUUCAGGGGGGUCGUCACCAGCCCGGCCGUCACCCGGAGGGACCUGGAAUUCCUGCUGGAUGAGAUCCAGGAGCUGGGCCAGGACCUGUGACCCCCCCUAAAACAGAAGCACAACAUCACUUGAAAAAUCGUCCCCAA